UUAGAUCAAACUGACACCUGCACGAAUGUAAACAAAUAAAGUGAAAAAUUUAUAAACAAAAAUUCUGCUUUUGGAAAAAAAAUAGAAAAACAAUGAAUAACACUUCAAAUAAACAAUACAAAAAAGAUCUGGGCAUACGCAUACGUCCGCCAGAUAGUGAGCUACCAUUUCCGGAUAUUAAGAAACCUCAACCCAUAGGUUUUUAUAGCAUAAAUGCUAACCGUGAUUUUGAGCCUAAUGAUCAACAAUUGCGUUACUUUAAAUUGCCCAAUGUGAACAAAUUACCACUAGAUCUAAAUGCUGGUCUAGAUAUAGCCAUAAAGAAACCAGAAUCUGCUCAUGAGGAAACUUUAGAUAGUUUAUUGAAAUUCAUUUACGAUCACCAUCAUAGAAUCUUUGGCCAAGCAAAUGGGUGCACCACCACCCCUCCGCCGGAGUUUGUUACAUGGCGUGGUAUACUGCGGCUCAUAAUGUGUACCCCAUAUGAAUAUCGUCAGGAUUGGUGUUUGCAUGUUACACGUUUCAAUAACACUUUCUAUUUGUUGAAAAGAGAAACGUCUCAAGAUAAAUAUCGCCGCAGCCAGGAGACGGAACAGCAGAAAACAUUUAUGGCUUAUGGUUUUAAAUUUGAGCAGUAUUGUUUAUCGGAAUCACCGUUUAAAGAACCGGACACCUCGGCUGUUAAUGAAAGUGAAGAAUCGUUGGUCUUUCAGACACGUCUAGCUGGUCUAAGUCUGUUGUAUGGUGCCGAAAUGGAUGGUAUUAUUAGUGAUCAGCCAGUACAACUCAACUACGAUAGACCCAAUAAUUUAGAUACUCUAAAAUAUGUUGAACUGAAAGUGCGUCAAGGAAAUUUAAAUGCAUUUCAAUAUAAAUCAUUUCUCCGGCACAAAACUCGCAACUGGUGGUGUCAAUCGUUUUUAGUAGGCGUCCAGGAUUUAUAUGUAGGCAUGAGAAAUGAAAAAGGUUUCGUACACGAUAUCGAACGUAUGGAAAUGAGAUCUUUACCUAAAUUAGGAGGGCAAACUCACUGGGCUCCCUGGGUAUGUGCUAACUUCCUGCUACAGUUCCUUUUACGUCUACGCUCAAUAAUGUCUAAUGAGAAUUGUCCCCAUACCGUAUAUGAGUUUUAUUUUAAUGCCGAAACUGGUCGUAUAACAUUUGAAUGCUUUAGAGGUAAAACACCACAUUCUUUUAUACCAGAUUGGUAUAUAAAUCUGAUAAAUCGGUUAGCAAGAAAUACAAAUUUACAUUAUUAAUUAAAUAAUAUAAAUUUAUAUUAUAGGCUAUUGAAUGUAAUGAUUUUUUUUCUUUUUCAUAUUGAAUAUAUAUUUUUGGGACAAUUAUUGAUAUGCUUAAU